ACAUUCUCUCACACCACCUCGCCUUGUCGACAUUUAUACACUAAACUAGGAAAUGGAACAUUUAAAAAAAUCAACAACCGUAAUCAUAUGAACAAUAAAAUUGGGACAAGCUUUGAUCAUGACAUGACAUCAACAUCCAAAGUUUUUAAACUAAGGAAGUUGAAAUUGCAAAGGAGGAAUGCACCAUAAACAAAGUGACAUUGCAUGGGGAAACAUUUUGAGCUAUACAACAACUUAAUGUGAGACCCAUUGUUUGAAACAGAAUCCUAACAAUAUAGGCCAAUAAUUGAGACUGAAAAAUUGUUGAAAUGGACUUGUUUUGUCUUGAAAAGAGAACUUAACAAUUUCAGCUAUGACAGAGAUGAUUGUUUUAUUUGGGAAAAAGGAAUUCAGCCUUUUUUUUUAGAUAUGGAAUAACAAUUAGAAUGUUGAUAGACCAAAUUAGAUAAAACAAAUAUGCAAUAUAUAAAAAGACAAUUGUUCACAGUAUAAAAUCUUAAAAUAUUUAUCCUUAUAAACUACAGAGAAGAGUGUGAUAUGUUAGUAAAAGCUUGAAGAAAGGAGUUUAAAAGGCUUGAAUUCAACUAGUGGCUCAUUUUUUUUUCCAAAGCCUCAGAAUGGAGCAAUUUCAUUAUGGUUCUCAAAGAAGAGAAGAACCAGAUGAGUUCAAUUUGAGAGAAUGGCCAGUUAGGGCAAGGAUCAAGUGUGAAAACACAAGUUCUAGAAGGUUUUCAGGGUCUUAUAUAAGAAGCUUUAGAGAAGAUGGAAGAUCCUUUAGAUCAAACAUAACCAUCUCAAGCACUGCUUCUUCCCCAGGCUGCUACUCCAUGAGAGAUGAAAUUGACCCAUCAACUUAUUCUUUCACUACUGCUCUCAAAGCAUUGCAAGCUAGGACAAGUUAUAAUAGCUGGGAAAGCUUGUCACCAGAGGGAUUUGCUUUGAACUCAAAGUGGUAUGAAGCAGAGAAAUAUAUUUGCAAUCCUCUUUCAGGGGAGGUUCCAAUGGAGUGUUUAUCUGCUAAAACACUAAGUGCAAGAUCAUUCAGAAAUUUCAGAACCAGAAUUACUAUGUCUGCUCCUUUAGUUUAUUCCACAAAUUCCAGACAAAUCCAAGAAAGACCAAUUAAUUUUCCACCAGAGGAAGCAGUUCAUCAGUAUCCAAUUCCAGAAAAGAAAGUGGAAGGGAUGACUACCAAGGAUGUGGGAACUCAAAGCACACCACCUGAUAGAAGUUCAACAAGUCCUAGCCCUGCUUCGACGUCUCCCAUUAACGAGAGAUCGUUAAAGGAAUGUGGGAAAGAACAAACUGGUUCAACAAAUUCUUAUUCCAUUCCUAAAAAGAAACCAGAGAAAGCGGUGACAAUUAAAGCAAGAAAAGAAAAGGAGAUGACAAAACGAGAAAAGGGAGAUAGAAACAGUACAAACGAGCAAACGUGGAGGCAAAGUGGGUGCCUGUCAUGGAUGAGAACAAGACAGAGAGAUAAACACAAAACAAGAAAGAAGAACUUUUUACCUCAUUUGAAAGGGUGCUGAAAAGUUACUGAGAAAAAUGGCAAAAGGAGAUUCGCUUUGUAUUUCAGGCAUAUUUUUGCAGGUGUUAGUGGGGUUUGUGUUUGCGUUAAGAAAUUAAGAGCAAUCAUGAAGAGGGACCUCAGGCCUGCUGAGAAAAGGUUACGGCUUUUAGUUUUGUGGUUCUCUGCUUUAGUGUUGGUGCUGAGUGAUAUUAUUUUUCGUUUAUUGGGAUGGGGUGAAAGUUGGGAGCAGCUUUACCUUCUCACUUCACGUGCCUGCCUUUGUCUUUACCUUUAAACAAACAAAGCUUUUAAUAAGUAGGAUUAUUUAUUUCAUUA